CCCGAGCCAUGGCGGAGCUGCAGCAGCUGCAGGAGUUUGACAUCCCCACGGGCCGGGAGGCUCUUCGGGGCAACCACAGUGCCCUGCUGCGGGUGGCCAACUACUGCGAGGAAAACUACGAGCAGGCCACAGACAAGCGGAAGGCACUAGAAGAGACCAUGGCUUUCACCACCCAGGCCCUGGCCAGUGUGGCCUACCAAGUGGGUAAUCUGGCUGGGCACACUCUGCGAAUGCUGGACCUUCAGGGUGCUUCCCUGCGGCAGGUAGAGGCCAAGAUCAGCACACUGAGCCAGAUGGUGAACAUGCAUAUGGAAAAGGUGGCCAGAAGGGAGAUUGGCACCUUAGCCACUGUCAUGCGGCUGCCCCCUAGCCAGAAGGUCAUCCCUCCUGAGAGCCUACCGCCCCUCACCCCCUACUACAGAAAACCCCUCAACUUCAGCUGCUUGGAUGACAUUGGCCAUGGCGUCAAGGACUUGAGCACGCAGCUGUCUCGGACCGGGACCCUGUCUCGCAAGAGCAUCAAGGCCCCUGCUGCACCUGCCUCCACCACGCUGGGGAGACCACCCCGGAUCCCCGAGCCCGUCCAGCUCCCAGUCGUGCCUGACGGCAAGCUCUCAGCUGCCUCCUCUGUCUCUUCCUUGACCUCGGCGGGCAGUGCCGAAGGUGCCAGUGGGAUCCCCCAGUCCAAGGGACAGGCAGCAUCUGCAACCCCGCCUCCACCUCCAGCAUCUGCAACCCCGCCUCCACCUCCAACACCUGCAACCCCGCCUCCCCCAGUCUCUGCUGAGGUCUUCUUGCCGCCGCCUCCCCCACUGGAGGUGUCCCAGGCCCCUGCAGCAGCAGAGCUGCCCCUGCCCCCACCUCCAGCUCUAGAAGGGGAUGACCUGGGACUACUACCUCCUCCGCCACCGGGUUUUGGACCCGAAGAACCCAGCUGGGUCCCUGCUGCCUACUUGGAGAAAGUGGUGUCGCUAUACCCAUACACCCGACAGAAGGACAAUGAGCUCUCCUUCUCUGAAGGCACCAUCAUCUGUGUCACGCGCCGUUACUCGGAUGGCUGGUGUGAGGGGGUCAGCUCAGAGGGCUCUGGAUUCUUCCCGGGGAACUAUGUGGAGCCCAGCUCCUGACAGCCAAAUCUGUCCCUGCACCAACCCAGCACUGCCUCAGUGGGCCUCCUGAGCCCCAAGAAGCCAGAGCCACAGUCAAGGCUGACAAAGGACCUGUCUACCUCUUGGGCUGUGAACUGAGUUCAGUCCCUGCUCCACACAGCAGUGUGUGUGUGUGUGUGUGUG